UGAAAUGGGCAAGUGCAGACAUGCAUGGCUGAGAGUUUUACCGGACGGAACUGAGGAGCAUGUCCAUGAAGAGAAUUCGGUGUUAUUGACAUCAUCGGACAUAGGAUGUCGGCUACGGAUAUGCUAUACGCCUGUGAGGUCUGAUGGGGUGGUCGGCGAGCCUGUCAGCCUUAUAUCAAAUGUCAUCGUGGAAGGUACGAAACGUGCAACCCGACCGUUAUUACGAUGGUGGCGCCGCUGAGGGGGUGAACACACAACACACAUUUGUAGGGGGGCGGGCGGGCGGGCAGGACACUGAAGAACAAGAUGCUGGAAUCUAUUGAAAAUGAUGACUAGGAUUGGUGUCUUCAAGGUGUUGUUGAUCUACACGGGUAAAUUGAAACGAUCACUUAAGGUCAUUUCGAUUUCUACGAGUUUUUAAAUUGAAGACAGAAGCUUAUUGAAUCUUUGCUAGUGUACCAUUUAAAUGACGGCUAAAGGUGGCUAUUGCCGUUGUAAAAUGGUAGCUUAAGCUGAUGUCGAACUCCUCUAGUUGUUAAAACAAUGGCCAUCGCAGGCAGAUGGCCAGUAUUGAUGCUUGUUGUGAACAUCGCAAAUGGCAACCUCUGAUCGCAAUUAGGUCAGGGGGUACAUGGUCGUGGACGUUCUAGUGCUCAUAACACGCCGCCUAGUGUGCAUGCCGACCAUGAAAAUGUAAACGGAGAGAUGUGGAGGGUGGUUGAUGGUUGGUGGAGGAUGGUUGAUUGUUGAUGUGUUCAACGAGUGAUUAAGUAGGCUGUCACUGGUGCGGACUGGGGACAGCCAUAAAAGUGCAUCAAUAUUAAGGUUGGGUUUUGUUGAGAGGGUUAAUUGAACGGGCUUUUUGUUGGUUCAUUGCACUGACUGUAGAUGGCGACAACUGUAGAAGCACAGUAUGAAUAAGGCUCGCUAAGCGAAUCCAGUUGGGCGAGCCACCCGGGAUAUUAUUAUGAUCUGUGUCUUUCUGUUGCAAACUCUUUCUAAUGGCAGCAUCGAGUUCUUUGACAGUCCUACAUCUUGCUUUUCAUCGGUCUGAACUUGGAAGGAGUUUCCUUUAAUGAGCUGCUCUCUGUGUACAGUAGUAGGUGCGUGUAAAUAAGAGGGCAAAAACUAGAUUCUUGAUUUAUCAUUGAGAUAAGGGAUAGUGGUUUAAGCGCGAAGAAUAUGAGGAUUGGCGGGGGCCAUGAGUGAGGCCUGGGCCCCUGGGAUCGGCCCAGGAAAAGGAUAGGGUAAGCCUGACCUGCAGAACAGGGGCUGUAUUUCUAAAGCAGUAGUAAUGGUCAAGAGUAUGAAUCCUCAUGCACAAUGUGCAAAUGUGAUUUGUCAGAGAACAGGGAUGGAGCUGGAGAUGCGUGCGGUAACUGCGGUUCAGAUUCACCGGGGAAAUUUCCGUGUAAUUGUCCAAUAAUGGCAAUAAUUUAUAAAUAAAUUGUUCCUGAGUGUGCCUGCUUGGUUCAUUCAGUUGGGUAGAUAGAGUCAUGGCCUGUGGAGCAGAACACCUUGUAGGAUUUGCAAGAGUUUGUAGGCUGCUAUACAAGGAUGAUAGGAAAGACAAAGGUGACAGUGAGCCGCAAGGUACUAGCCUGGUAAUUCCUAGAAGCUGCUGGGAAGAUGUUGAAGUUGAGCCUUCAUACAGCUACUUUGGUGGAAUGGAGGGAGGGUCCGAAUGGACCUGGUUCCUGUCUCAGGAGUACCUGGAUAAUCCCAGUGAGGAAAGCUCUGACCUGCACAUGUUGGCAACAAGAAGGAUAUACAAGCCAACUGUUGACGACAUUGGAGGGUUCUUGGUCGUAAAGUGGACCCCAGUACGAAGUGACGCGAAGAAAGGAAAGCCGAUCCUCAAGUGUUGUGAAGAGCCAGUCCAUCCUGGCCUUCCAACUGUGACUGAUUUGAAGAUUAUUCAAGCAGAGGGAGGCAUGCUGAAGGGUGUGGGAAUUUACAGAGGUGGAUUAGAAGGGGAGAGCAGGCGAUCGUGGUAUCGGAAAACAGCACAUUGGGGUAUGGUGAUCAUUGAGGGGCAAACUAGUUGUGAGUACGAGGUGCAGCAUCAAGAUUACGGAUAUCAAGUGGUCUUCGGGUACAUUCCAGUUCGAAUCGAUGGAGUUGAAGGGGAAGAAAGGCUAUCCGAACCGACCGAUGUCCUAUUUCCAGAUAUCCCAAAAAUUGAGAAACUAAUCAUUGCAGGAACUUCAAUGGAAGGGGAACUUCUCACAGCCUUGGAGAGUACUUCAGGCACUGAGAUGGAACAUCGCAUUUGGGAAAGAUACAAAAAGGAUAUCAAGUACCAGUGGUAUCGCUCUGAUGUUGGGAAACCUGAGACUUUCACGCCCAUCUCCUCACAAUGGUCUUGCACGUACAAAGUAAGGCUGGAGGACAUAGAUUGCUUCCUGCAAUGCGAGUGUACCGUGUCAGACGUGUUUGACAGAAUUGCGGACCCAGUUCGAGCUGUAUCUGAUAAGAUUGUUGCGGGUAUUCCAAGAAUAGAAAACCUUCAUGUGGAGGGUAAGGGAUUUCACACAAGUCGAUACCAGGUGAAGGGCGAGUACUUUGGCGGACGAGAAGGCGCAAGCACUAUUCAGUGGUUUCGCCGUACUCCAAUGAAGGAAGAUGUCUCUCCAAUUCCAGGUCACACUGGCAGAGAGUACGAGGCGAUACCAGAUGAUGUCGGUUACACAUUGAUGGCCGAAUACACGCCAGUGCGGGAGGACGGGGUUGUAGGCGAGGUUGCAACAGCCUCGACCGACCCGAUUGCUGUUGAUCCAGAGGUAGCCAAAGAUGUCAAAACAAUCCUCGAUACGGGGGCUGCAAAAUUUGAGGUGCCUGGAGACGAAGUGGGCAGUGAAGAAGACAGCAGCAAUAGCUGGCCAGUGGGGUAGAUGUCGGCGGCCAUAGCCAGCAGGAGGAAGACGACGACGGCCAUAGCCGCCCAGCU